AUGACAUCGGACUUCAGACGGUCUGAGGUACCGUCUCAACGGGGCCUCGACCUUAAAACGAAUGGCCACCACGACGACAGGAAGGUCACAAAACCUCGACUGACGGAUGUCGUGACGCACGAUGGAAACGAACCGCCGAACGAUGGCCACGACGACCGCAUAAAAAGCUUGCCAGCGCCAAUCGCCGACAGCAAAAAGUGCACACGCAUUGAUCAACGUCGCCAGAGGCUAGUUAGCGGUCGCCGCACAGAAUAUGGCAGAGGGUAUGGUGAGCCGCGGUGCGAAGCCUCGCUGCGUUUGCAUAUUAGCAGAAGAAAACCUCUGAGGGCGGCUGAUACGAGUUCAAAUGAAGAAGAGUAUAAGUGCGGCGAUUGCGACGUGGCAAGCAUCGCUAGCUUGAAACGUCAGCGCCAGGUCGUCGUCAGCUAUCGCGAUGAUAUUUGCGGCAAAUAUCCACCACUGCUGUCGCGGAAGCUGUCGCCGUCUCAGCAGCAGUUCGACCUACCCGGCUGUCAAGCGCCGUCAUCACCGGCCAGCCACAGCCACCGAGGAGGCAGCCGAACGACCGAGCGAACGAAGUUCUUCUUUGACCAAAAGAUUUCGCAUAUCCGUCAACUGAUGGAUAUCAGUCGUGGAGAAUAA